GUCCAAUCUGAAGUGCGGUGGACGUCUAGCGUAGUCUUUCCGCUGAGCAAACGGCAAUGUGGCAUCUAAGUGACGCUACAAGCUGUCAGCUGUUUUUUUGUUUUGUUUAUAACCAUUAUGCUAGCUGGGUAGCUAGCUAACUAAGCUAACCUUCUGAAAGCUGAAAUAAUGUAUGCUUCAUCCGGGUAGCAGACGUUUGGCUAUUCAACAAACGUAAUAUAUAUGAAAAACGAUUAAAGUGUCCAAAUAUCUUGUGGGACGCAGUAGUGGUUCUACAGUAGGCUACAUAAUCGAACCGAUCCCAGGCAUCCAAACCGGGGCGGAGGGGGUGGUAGGGAUCGGGAUGGAGACCAGAGAAGGAGCCGAUGGUCCAGGCGGACCAGAAGGGUUGAUAUGCGCCUCCUUCAACCAAGACACUACAUCUCUGGCUGUCGGGACCAAGACUGGGUACCGACUGUUUUCUGUGACUCUGGUGGACAGGCUGGACUGUAUUCAUGAAAGUGCAGAAACCCCGGACGUGUACAUCGUGGAGCGCCUGUUCUCCAGCAGCCUGGUGGUGGUGGUCAGCCUGGCCAUGCCGCGCCGCAUGAACGUCUACCAUUUCAAGAAAGGCACAGAGAUCUGCAACUACAGCUACUCUAACAACAUCCUGGCUGUCCGCCUCAACCGGCAGAGGCUGAUUGUGUGUCUGGAGGAGUCCAUUUACAUCCACAACAUCAAGGACAUGAAGCUUCUGAAGACCCUACUGAACACGCCAUCCAACCCCACAGGUCUCUGUGCACUGUCCAUCAACCAUUCCAACUCCUACCUGGCCUACCCUGGCAGUGCCACCAUUGGGGAGAUCAUCAUCUACGAUGCCAACAAUCUGAGCACUGUGACCAUGAUUCCAGCUCACGACAGCCCCCUGGCGGCCAUCACGUUCAACGCUUCAGGCACCAAGCUAGCCAGCGCCUCAGAGAGGGGCACUGUGAUCAGAGUGUUCACCGUCCCAGAGGGAACGCGGCUGUUUGAGUUCCGCCGCGGGAUGAAGAGGUACGUCAGCAUCAGUUCUCUGUCCUUCAGUGCCGACGCCCAGUUCCUCUGUGCUUCCAGUAACACAGAGACGGUGCACAUCUUUAAACUGGAGCAGCACAGCCCCAGUCGAGAGGAGGAGUCUCCCACUUGGUCUGCAUACGUCGGGAAGAUGUUCACUGCCGCCAGCAACUACCUCCCAGCACAGGUGUCCGGCAUGAUGAACCAGGACCGCGCCUUCGCCACAGUGCGCCUCAACAUCUUUGGCCUGAAGAACAUCUGUGCGCUGGCCACGAUCCAGAAGCUGCCCCGCCUACUGGUGGCCUCUUCUGAUGGACAUCUCUACAUCUACAAUGUGGACCCCCAGGAUGGAGGAGAGUGUGUCCUUGUUAAGAAACACAGGCUGUUCCAUUCUGAGGAGGACCGGGGGGAAUCGGAGCCAGAGGCCAGAGCGUCCCUGCCUGCCAACCAGUCUUACGCCGCCACCGUUGCCAUGCCUACGACCCCGCCCUCCUCUGCAGCACUAACGGGCUACUCAGAGGACGGGGGUGUGAAGAAAGGCGAAGUGAUCCCAGAACACGAGUUUGCAGCAGGACCCGUGUGUCUGGAUGAUGAGAAUGAGUUUCCUCCCGUGAGCACUCAGGAUAACUAACCCUCAUCUGUGUCUGCUGGCCAGCCCACAGAUGCCCCCCCCCCCCCCCCCAGGUCCAUAAUGCCCUGGGGCAGGGCACAUUUCUAAUAAGGAGGCGCAACUUAACAUGUAUACUUCGCUAGAAUCCCACUACCAAACCCAGCCCAAGCAUUAGACAAAAUAUAAAUCUUGUAUUGCACCUUGAUACCCUGUUGUGUAUUACACAAUAGGUCUGUAUUUAAUUUGACUGAUAUUUCCUACUUAUUACUCGUUCCAUGUAUCUUAAUGAGAACAAUGCACUUGAUGCACACUCUGCCCUCUAUAAUGCCUCUUAGUCAAUCGCAGACCACUCAGAUGAACUCUCAAUUUUAGUUGGUUGCAGUAAGGUUGACACAUUUAAACAGUAUGCUGCACAGGUAGGGGUUGAGAGUACUCUUGAAUUAGAAGGCUGAUUCUCGUGUUGAUGUUCAACAGGCUGUUGUGCUUCAGUUGAAUUGUUUUCUCUUGCCGUAGUAUGUCAGCAACUUCAGAAGUUGUUGACCCAUUUCUUGUAGAACUUAUAAAAACAUACAAAUGGCAUUUUACAUUCGAGUUCUUGCAACCCUAUUUCAGCUCUAGCAACAGUGUAUGCAAACAGCAGCUCUGGGGAAAUCUUUUCCCCACAUUUUUGUUUUGGCUGACUGUUUGAGUGCAGUUGAGGUUGGGGGAUGUGAGAGCUGCCCAGAAGCUGCUCCUGCCAUGUCGGACAGAGAGCCCUGCUGCUUUUAAAGCCACACUUUCAGAGUGCCUGACUGUGCCGACUGCCCUGUUAAACAGGGAGAGAACUUAACAUUCUGAGCCAUGUGACUGAUCGCGAUGUCAUAGGUUAAUGAUGUCCUGGUGGUAUAUGACAUUGUGUCUUUUGAUCACUGACAGACUGAGCUGUGGUACUGUAGCGAUGCGCUGAUGUGACUGUGGCGAUGAGGUAGGAAGAUAUUAAGUACUAAUCUACUAUGCUUACUGUUUAUUUUGGAACGUGACCUUAUUUUGAGGUCUGUUGUACUGCCACUGCCUCAUAAAAUUAUGCAGUGUGAACAAGGUAUUGUUGUCUAUUGGGCCACUGGCUUAAAAAGAGAAAUGUGAAAAUCUUUAGACAGUUUAGAGUAGUAUUUUUUUUUUUUACUGCUUCUGUGAUAAGCAGUCCCUUGUACAGCUGUGAGUCUUUUGCCUUUUGGCCUUUUGAAGAUAAUAUUGACUCUAACACUUUCCUGGAUAUUUUACUUUGUAAAAUACAUCUGUAUUAAAAUUCCUUUGGAAUAUUAAGAAUAUUAUUGAGGGCAUCUAUAGGUAGAGGAAACAGCAAGGCUUCAAGAACGGCUAAACAUGUGGUGUGAUUAUUUGUUUCAUGGAAACAGAAUGUGAAAAUCUGAAUCUGCAGAACUGAGAGACCCACUCUGUUAGCAGACGGAAAGUCUGAAGGUGAACAAUAUUUAUUAAAUAUAUAGUUGUGAAUAUCUAACAGGUUUUUUGUACUGUCUCUGACAUUUCCAAAAGUGAUAAAACUUAUUUUAAGAAUUCAACUGAUGUUGGAUUCAGUGCAUCAUGGUGGCCUAUAUAACAGGUUGUAUUACUUCUCCAGUUCUACUAUUGUCAGUCACUGUAUAUCAUUGCUUUUUGUCAAAAACUCUUCAGGCUUUAAUCUUCUUCUUGUAAUAUAUCUCUUGCUAGAUUUAUCUGUAAAUAACAGGAAUGAUAACCUGUAGUGAGGUCAUAAAUAGUUGCAGCACAGUAGAAAGUAAUAUUUCAUGGAACUUAUACACCACAAUGCACAACUCCUCUGGGAGUCUUAAGAGUGUGACCUUUCAUUUAAGAUCUCAAAAGCUUUUGUUUAGGAACUUUUGAACAUAAAAGAUAAAUUAAAUACUAAAACAUGUUUUCAGUUGUGACUAAUACUGGUCAAGUGAAUGCUACAGAAUGCACAGACCAGACGUAUACACAAACUACUAAUUUACACUGAGUACACGUAAUUAUGCCUAGGCAGAAAAGAGAAAUGUGCAUUUCUUCAUAUCUGCUGCUAAGACUGGUGUGAAAAAUAACAGGUGUGCACUUGGAAUGCAGUGAUUGUUCAGGUAACAUGUCAACAGCAAAUUUCAGUUUCAUUUGGGAUAUCUUGAGAACUACUUUCAAUAAAACAUUUUCUACAGCUAUACAUUUACAGUCCUUCUAAAAUAUUAAAUGCUCCCCCCAAAAGGAAAAUCAGUAAUACAUUAAUGAACAGAUUUUACUGCAAAGGGUAAGUUAAGGUUUCCAUGACUGUUUACGAGUGAGCUGGCCUGAAAGUCUAUCUCUGCUCCACUUUUGCUAUGGCUAUCAUGAAGUUCACAGGAACGAGGCAAUGCUUUGCUUUUAAAAUCCCUUCACAGCAUUAAACCCACAGAGAGCAGCACCACUGCAAUCGCAGCAGCCUCUGAUUCGAAGUCUAUUGCCGACAACGCAGUCCUUCAAGGCCCCUUUCUCAGGGCAGCUGGACGGACGUCUGAAAUGAGAUGUCACCGCAGUUACAAACGGCACAGGAUGACCGGGCUCCGCCUGGACAAAGCACAGUAUUUAAAAAGAAAAGAAGAAAAACAGCGAGCAGGCUCUUGGCCCAUAGGCGCAAUCACAUCCACUGCGACGCUAAUAAUACAGUUUAUACGACUGCAUGAGGACGAACAGCUCAUCUCUGCUCUGGCUCCCGGGCGGUGAGACGGAGCAGUGCAGGGAGACUGAGGGGAGCGUGCAGGGCUGAAGGGAGAACGCUGGCUAUGCGUGAGAGAGGAUUAAUGAGCUAAAUGAGCAGAUUCUCCAUUCUACCGGCACAGAAAUGUGAAAGCAUCUUAAAGUCAGACACAUGAAUGAACUGAAAAAGAAUACUGUUUCUGCAGUUCCUUCAUCAGUAUGCUCUCAUUUAAAUGUGAUUACCAUGGUAUUAAUCCUUAAGUAAGGAAAUGACCUAUUUGUAUUUUUAUCCUUUUUGUUGUUUAAAUAAUGGAUAUGUUUGUGUGCCCCUCUGUGUAAGUUGAAAAGUUGUUUUGUAUGUGCCUAUAAUGUCAUCAACCGUGCAAAUAAUUUUGGUAAUCGCACAAAACCAAAAAAAAAAAA